AUGAAAUUUCAAUUUUUAUUAAUCGCAAUUUUCGAAUUUACAAUCAAACAACAACGAAUCAUGGAAUUAAAAAUUUUAAUUUUAACAAUAUUUUCAUUAACAUUAGUUUCUGCAAUUAAUAAAAAAGGUACUAAGGCAACCAAUACUCAUCAUAAUCAUAAUCAUCAUAAUCAUCAUCCUAAAAAUUCAACUUCAACUACUGCUGAUAAUGUUAAAGCAAAUGCAAAUGUAAAUGGUAAUAUUCAUGGAAAUACAAAUUCAAAUUCAAAUGGAAAUGGAAAUGCUACAAGUACUUUAACUAAAACUCAAGCUGGUGAUGCUGUUAGAGGUAUGCAUAUUGCUGGUGCUGUUGCUGUUGCUGCUGGGGCUAUUUUAUUGUAA